UCCAAACUUUACAAUCACACACACUAGUCUCAAAAACAAAUCAGCUCAGUCUUCAGCAGGACACCGCCACCAUGCAGCUCACCAAUCCGUUCCGCCGCGCCACAACAGUAGUCCUCGUCGCAGUCCUUGUCCUGGCGGCAGCAGCGGCGCGGGCCGACGGUGCACUCUGCGUCAAGUCCGACAAGGCGGCGCUCCUGGCCAUCAAGUCGGCCCUGGGCAACCACCCGGAGCUCUCAGGCUGGAACUCCACCGUGCCCUGCUGCUCUUGGCCGGGCAUCUCCUGCGACACCACCACCGGCCGAGUCACCGAGCUCACCGUCUUCGCGCUCAACAUCUCCGCGCCGGUCCCCGCCGCCAUCGCCAACCUCAGCGCGCUGCAGACCGUCAACCUGGCCUACAACCGCCUCUACGGCCGCAUCCCGGAGUUCCUCAGCCCGCGCGGCGCCCUCCCCGCGCUCAACUUCCUCCGCCUCGACGGCAACCGCCUCUCCGGUGCCAUCCCGCCCACGGCCACCGUGUACGACCUCUCCCUCGUCGGGAACAACCUCACCGGCCCGCUGCCGGCCACGUUCGCGGACGCGGAGUUCGGUGACCUGGACCUCGCCGACAACCAGCUCACCGGCGACGCGUCCAUGCUUUUCGGCGCCAAGAAGAAGAUGAACGCGCUGAGGCUGUCGCGCAACCGGUUCGCGUUCGACCUGGGCCGCGUCCAGCUGCCGGAGGGGCUCGACAUCCUGGCCAUCGACCACAACAUGAUCUACGGGAGCAUCCCGGCGGCCGCGGCGGCCAGGAAGUGGCUGGCGUUCGACGUCAGCUACAACAGCCUCUGCGGGCCCAUACCGCAGGGCCGGUACACGCACCGCUUCGGGCCCAAGCACUUCGUCCCCAACAAGUGCCUGUGCGGCCGUCCGCUCGUACCCUGCAGCUAGCUACCUUCCUCUCCAAUGAGCGAUUCAGUGACGUAUGAUGUUAGUACUUUCUCAGUGGGCAGUGGCCAGCUAGCAUUUCCUGCGCCAUUGAGCCUAAUAACAUGGUCUCUUGUGUUUUA